GCCCUGCGCAAGGAGAGCUCGGCGGGUCUCGAGAGCCACAGGACAGGAGUGGACAAAGCAAGAUGGCAGGGAUCUUAGCCUGGUUCUGGAACGAGAGGUUCUGGCUCCCGCACAAUGUCACCUGGGCAGACCUGAAGAACACGGAGGAAGCCACCUUCCCGCAGGCUGAGGACCUCUAUCUCGCCUUCCCCCUGGCCUUCUGCAUCUUCAUGGUGCGGCUUAUCUUUGAGAGGUUUAUAGCCAAACCAUGUGCCAUAGCCCUCAACAUUCAGGCCAGUGGCCCACAGAUUGCCCCACCAAAUGCCAUUCUGGAAAAGGUUUUCACUGCAAUCACAAAGCAUCCUGAUGAAAAGAGAUUGGAAGGCCUCUCCAAGCAGCUGGACUGGGAUGUUCAAAGCAUUCAGCGCUGGUUUCGGCAAAGACGCAACCAGGAGAAGCCCAGCACCCUGACGAGGUUCUGUGAGAGCAUGUGGAGAUUUUCAUUUUACCUGUAUGUAUUUUCCUACGGAGUUCGGUUCCUGAAAAAGACCCCCUGGUUGUGGAAUACAAGGCACUGCUGGUACAACUACCCCUAUCAGCCUCUCACAACUGACCUUCACUACUAUUACAUGCUGGAGCUAUCGUUUUAUUGGUCCUUAAUGUUUUCCCAGUUCACUGAUAUCAAGAGGAAGGACUUCGGCAUUAUGUUCGUGCACCACCUUGUAUCUAUUCUGUUGAUCACCUUUUCCUAUGUCAACAAUAUGGCCCGAGUAGGGACCCUGGUCCUCUGUCUUCAUGACUCAGCUGAUGGCUUUCUAGAGGCUGCCAAAAUGGCAAAUUAUGCCAAGUUUCAGAAAAUGUGUGAUCUUCUGUUUGUUAUGUUUGCCAUGGUUUUUGUCAUCACACGGCUGGCUAUGUUUCCUCUCUGGGUGUUAAAUACCACAUUAUUUGAAAGUUGGGAAAUCGUUGGACCUUACCCUUCCUGGUGGGUUUUUAAUCUACUGCUCUUGCUAGUACAAGCGUUGAACUGCUUCUGGGCUUACUUGAUUGUAAAAAUAGCCUGCAAGGCUGUUUCAAGAGGCAAGGCUGGGAAGUGGAACCCUUUACAUGUGUCCAAGGAUGAUCGAAGUGACAUUGAGUCUAGCUCAGAUGAGGAGGACUCUGAACCUCCAGGGAAGAAUGCCCACACUGCAACCACCACCAAUGGGACCAGUGGUACCAAUGGGUACCUGCUGACUGGUUCUUGCUCCCUGGAUGAUUAAUUGCAUAAAACUAUAUGUCCUGAACAAAGUGAACUAUUUGUUCUUGGAAGUAUUUAAUAAGUUGCAAAUGCAGUUCCUUUCAUAAUAUCUCAUACCACAAAGAAAAAUUAGGAUUAUCUAAGCAUUUUGAAUAGUACACUGCCGUAUGUCCUGUCUGUGAAUGAAGAAGAAAUACCAUUCUCUCUGUGUAGGCAUGCUAUAUGUAACUGACACAAGGGAACAGUAUUUGCAUUUGUACUUUCUUAGAAUAUUAUUUAUUUUUUGUAUGUUUGUAAAUCUGUGGACAAAAGAGGGUUUCCUUGCUUCUUUGAUUCUCUGGGUUCGUGACAGUGAAGGAGAUACUACAUCUGCUCCUGCCUCUUUCUUUUGCUGCAGUCCAGUGUGCUGUGAGCACCAGCUUAGCUUAUCACUUAGAGCAAGCAAAACCCAGAGCGAGAUCCUCACACAGAGCCAAUAAGUUUGCUUUCUUUGUGUUCCUGUGCCUGCUAUGAAAUUGCAUAAUCAGUCUCAGUGACCAUCCUCCCAGUGUGAAGCUUAAACAGCAUCACAUAGGUUUUUAAAUUGUUGCUCUUCAUGGACAGUUAUUGGGAUGCUUUUUUGAAUGUUGUAUGAAACUGCUUGGGAGUAGAUUUUAUUUCUUAUGCACACAGCCAAGAUUUGUUCCGUGAGUAUGGCAGUUAGUUGGGGAUUAACCUGUAGGUUAGGGAAAUUUUUCUAUUUUCAGUAUGUGAUGAAUGCAGUACUCUGGCUUUGCUUAAACUCUUAGUUAUAAGCAAAUAAAUCACUAUUAGUAUUGGGAAUUUGUUUCAUGUCCUGGGAAUAUCAAGAGAGCAACUGACUAUAGUCAGGUUUUGCCUAUGCGUAUACUUAGUACAGUCUUCUGUCACGUACUGAAAAGGAAGCUAAGAGUAUUUUGGGAUGGAAAAGGGAGUCUUUCAGGAGUUAGUACAGAUCACCCCAGGGCAAAGCACUUUAUUGCAGCCAGCUUUUGAGGAAAAGCCCUAGCUUUGCUGAGCAAAAUAAAGCCCAUGGAAGACUGACUGUUGUACCCAUUGUUAUUCCUUUAAACAAAUCCCACUUUUUUGUUACUGAAAACUAGGUAGUGUGAUACUCCAAGUCCUUUUUAUUUGCUUCUUUGAAGACUUGUAUGCUUUCCAGGAAUUUUUAUUCAAUUUUUAUUUCCAGAAAAGUAGCAAAAAUUGCACUGGGCAAUUGCAGUAUCAGCAAUGAGAAAAAUUACUGAAGAAUAAAGUCUCCUUAAGGCUUCUCCACAGCAGUGUUAUAUAUGGAUAAGAAUACCAUGCACAUAUGCCAAACAGUGUCUCUCUUUUCUUCUAACUUCUAGUAAGAGAGAAUAAAAUAGGAUUACAUGUAGUUAUUUUAUAAAUCAAAAAUACCAUCAUCUAAGACAAAUCCAAAACAAAAGUGCUGGAAUGUAAAUGUGUGAAAUAAAGCACAGUGAAAAUAACAGAAAAAUAUUACAGUGUGCAUAGUCUGCCCAGAGCCAUUCACAGUUAAUCUGGUUAAAAAGAAAACUAAAAUCUUUGUGCCUACACUUUGCAAUCUGUGAAUUAAUAGUUAAAAGAAUAUUUCCAAACAAAACCUUUUUCACUGUAAUACUGAGUUUCCCCCGACUCGCUUCCAAUAAGAUGUUUCUGGUGUGAUCUGUAGUAAUAAUUGAAGAGGUCAGAAAUAUGUCUGCUUUUUUAUAUAGAAAAUAACAUGACCUUUUCUGCUUAUGGACCCUUGUUAUUUUAUUUCACAAAACAGACAUAUGUCUAGGAGUGUAAUUUGUGGAUGGUUGAGUUUGUAAGACCAGUCACAAAACACCAAAACUUACUGUUAGUCAUCAGAAAAUCUGCUCAAAUGCAAAUAGAUCAAAGUAAUAUUAUGCAUGUUGUAGCUAAAAGUUUUGAUCUGGUAAAAGAUUUUAUCACAUAAGAUAUAGAACAUAUUUGUCUCACUUUAAUGUCUUGGAAAAUCCUCCCUACAAUGUGUCCUUGUGUGGGCCAUCUUACACCUGUUAGCACAAAAGAAUGACUUUAAGAUCAGCUUGUAAAUUAAAGAUUUAGGAGAGCUGCAUAAAAUGGUAAAAUUUAUUUUGUCCUUAGCAGAGCCAAAUCUAAAGGAUCUUUUUUUUUUUCCUUUUUCUCAGACAUGACUUAGAAGGAAGAUGGAAAACUCAGUUUUUCUGGCAGUAGCAUUGACACAUUCCACUCUAAAUGUCUAUUUCAUUUCACAUUUUAGGGUAGAGUUCUUUUUGGCUAAUUAAAAUGUGAAUUUGUAGAUCUUUUAGGGUGUGUAUCUACCUGUGUCUGUCUACUGCUGUCUGAUGGUGGCCUGAUAAAGGCUGAGAAAGAAAACUAUGUGAAGUAUCUCAUCAUCCACCUGGGCCAGGCUGUGUGGCUUUUUGUAGGUGUAUUUUGUAAAUUCAGCUGUAGUUUAGUGAGAGUGCUGUUUCUUGUUAAUUAGGCUGUGGUGACAUUUCCUUCCUCUGGUCACAUGCAUACCUUUCCAGGGUAUCAAGGGGUAUGUAGAAAGGACACUAGAAAAAGUGAUAUUUUAAUCUCCAAUGUUAUAGCUCUUCUAGAUCUGUUAGUGGGGGAAAACAUAGAAAAUAAGGUAGAAUUGGGCCUUGGGUCAGUAAAUGAUAUAAAAGUGUAUGAUCUAUGUGUGUAUGUGUGUGUAUCUCCAAAAACUGUGAUUCAUCUUUAUCCAUAUUCUUGUCAUAAAAACACUAGAAGCUUCCCUGGUCCUUUGUUCUUGCUCCCCACUGAGCUGAGAGUGGAGGAACCCUUUCAGUCUCUCAGCCACAGAGCUACAUGCAGUACAGUCCUGGACAUGAAUACCUGAGGUCACGCAGAAGCCAGAUACGGCUCAUGUUUCUAAAUUAGUCCUGUGGAUUUUGAAAGUAGAGGAGAAACCAUCAGUAUUUUGGAUUAUCACAUAUUUGCUGUAAAAGUGAAAACAGUUCCUGCUUAUCCCCAGGGUUGAACUAACAAUCCCACUCCUGCUGAGCUGCUGGAGAGAUGGUGUCUUGAGCACCCAUCCGAUAUGCCACAGCAUCUCACAAAAAUAAAACAGAAAAGGGAGGGAAGAAGUGAGGUAAAGUCAGAUUAUCUGUAAUCAAAAUGGUAGAUGAACAUCAAAAUGGCCACUUCUGUUGGUACACUUUCCACUCUUGCGUACAAUCAUGCAUUACAUAAUGAUGCUUUGGUCAGUGACAGACCACAUAGACAAUUGUGGUCCUGUAAGAUGGUAAUAUAGCUUCAGCGUAUAGUAGGCAAACCAUCUAGGUUUGUGUAAGUCUGCCUUGAUAUUCGUUCAUAGUGAAAUCACUUAAUGGGAUGUUUCUUGAUCCAUGUUCCUGUGGUUAUAUGAUACAUGACUGUAUUUGAUAGAAUUUGAAUUUGAGCAAACUGAAUGCCUUCAUUUUAGGUAGAAGGGAUCUGAAUCUUCCAUUGUGUAUUAAAUCUCAUUGUUUUUUGGACUAAGUAAAAUGUGAGUCUUCCAUUCAGCUUGUCUGAGACUACUAAAGAGUUCUUCAAAGAGAAAUUUAUGGACAACUGUGAUUGUUCCCAGUCCAUUCAUAAUUCUGCAUUGUUACUUUUGUUCCUAUCUAGAAAUAUUAAAGCCAAAGUUGCCUGAAUAUGUAUUUUUCUUAAUUUGCAGUAUAAAAACUAUACAAAUAAGUCCAAAGGCAUGGAAAGUUUCCAUGUAUUAGUGUAUGUUGGUGUCAUUAUAUCCAGAGAGGGUUCGAGAAACCUUUGGAAAUAAAAGGUUUAAAUGUUUACAUUUCAUGUGGUAUUUGAGGUGUUAACAUUCUGAUGAACUUACCUUUUUUGUCUUUGUCUUCUUUGUAGACAAAUCAUAAUAGCCCAGAAAUGUCUCUAAUAUUGAAAUAAAAUCAACAUCAACCUGAUGUAAAAUAAUCUAUAGCACCUUUUCAUGUGCUAUAGGUAACGUGUGGAAAAAGAAGGUGCCUGGAACUCAAGUUAUGGCACUUGUAUCUAGCACAUUAGUCCACAGAAGGAAAAGUCAUGAACAGCUCAUUAAAUACAAACUAUUCUUGAAAAUGCAGCAAGAUUUUUUUUCUUAAAGAUAUUAUUGUCUCCAAAAUCAGAUUAGGUUUAUCAUGGAGAAAUGAAAUUGUGCCAUUCUCAAAUUGCCACCUAGUAAUUAUCAGUAGUUCCCCUGCUGCAUCUUAGUUCUUCAUAGUGACUAGCCAAAGAAAGACGCUGUGGUUUGCCUUUGUGUGGACAGCACCCUCCAACCCCUAGGGGGCGCUCAGUGCAUACUGAGGACCCUGUCCACUCUACUGUUAGAACUCCUCGAAUACUCAGAGGUAGCAUGUGUGGUGCUGGUUUUCAUGGAGAAAAUUGUAUCUGUUAAUGAGAUCUGCAGACAGCCGAAGAAAUUUAUUCUUUUCCAGGUAUUUCCAACUUGAGUUCUCCAUGAAGACUUGGAAAGGAAUGCAUUACCAAAGGGGUACACACCAAGCCAAAGGAAUAUAGUAAGUCUCUGCAGCCAGGUGGCAUAUGGUUAUCUCCACACAACUGGGCAUUCUCAGCAUUGUGGAGGAAGUGAUAGGAGGGGCCUUGUUAGCCUAGGGUCUAUCUUGUUUGAUCUUACUCAUUCACGUUCAUUUCAGACUUCUAGAACUCUUGGUAAAAGGAAGCAAAUAGGUUGUCGUUUUUCUGCUUUGGAUUUCUCAGUAGCCUUUGGGUCACUUGUGU